AUGUACCCCACCGACUCGUCCAGGCACUACAUAUCUCAAUCCCCUAUUCCUCUACCUGCGCUCCAUACUGUUCCACCUCUACAGCAUCAGACCCCUUUUGCUGCGACUUUUCACGAACGACAAACCACUUUCACGUGAGUGACGCUAGGCUCAUGCCAAGCCGGGCCCGGUGUUGCCCCUCUCCGAUCUCGCUGGGCGGGGUCGGAAGCGAUCGUAGUGCGUUGAGCUCAACGCGUUGACCUAGCACGCAAGUUGCCUCGGACUUGCAGCAUUGUACCCCAUCCACAAUAUCAACAGUUGCAGCAACCCGCGUAUCAUCUGUCCAGCUCCCUGCUUGCACCGUCGUCCAUCUCAUCGCACUCCGCGGACGCCUCGGAUCCGUGCCCGACGCCUUCCCUUUCCCCUUUGCCUGCUCACGGGGAACGUUCUCACUUGUGGACCGCGCCUGAGUCCUGCCGUACUCCUUUCUACGACUAUCGCCGGCAAAUAGGAGAGAGUGAAGCGUUACAAUCCCAAUCUUCUCCUUGGUUCUAUCCCACGUCGUCGAAAGAGCUUGACCAGGGCCAAAACGAGGAGACGUAUAAGACCUUUCAUCGGCGAGCAAACUCGCACCAUGGCUCCACACACCAGAGCCACGAGUUCUUCUUUCCACCCAGCAGCGGAUACCCAUCUUUUCCGUCCUUUCCUGCGAGUGAAACGACAAUCCCUGCACUCCAUCCCUACCCAGCUUAUGUCAUGGAUGUCCUUCCACUUGAUUCUUGCCCCAAGAGCUCGGCGACGAACGCAUCAGGCCAAGAGGAUGAAAAUGGAACAAAGACAGUUGGUCCAAGUGCAUCCCUGUUCUUCUUACCUGAAGACGAUCGGGCCCUUCGCCAACUGGCUUCAGUGGCGGCCUCGGGACUCGCUUCGUUCGCGCCUGCGCCACCGCCUCCUACUCCCACCGGCACUGAGCUACACAUGCCGAUGAGUGACAACUUGGACAUCUCAUCGAGGUCGGGCUCGCUUCAUUCGCUAUCAGAUCAAGUCGAGGGCCCCAUGGCAUCAGUCUUGAGCCGGUCCGGCCAGACGUCAGCGUCGAAGGCGUUCCUUAGCAGUCCCGAACGAGUAGGUCGCCGCUCGAGGUGCUCCGAGAACGACGAAGAAGGUGCAGUAGAGGAGAAGGAUCGGAUCGCUCUCAUUAGGCUCGUUCGCCAACAAGCAAGUGCUGAAGGGGGCUCCUCGCAUCUCAAGCGAAUAUGUACUCGAAGCGAAUCGCCUGCCAAGUCUCCGGUCGCAGUCGCUCCUCUUGCGCCUCAACCAAGCUCUUCUCCGACCGAACCUGUCGGGGCGUCUGCGUCAUCACCUCGAACGCCACUGUUUAUUCACUCUUGGGUAAACAAGUGCUCUGAACGAUCGCCCGAUGGCGUUGAAGAGGCUCGCGAUGGCGACAAUGGACCGGCUCAACCGCGCUCGGAUACGAAAGAGACUCCGGUGACAGCCCCUGUCGUCCCUCGCCAGCGCCGGUUGGAGGACGAGAAAGGCAGCGGCCCAGAGAAAGAGAAACCAUGCUCACCCUGCGACACACAAAGCACCGAGGGACGUGAAGCUACUAGUGGAACCUGUAUCAGUGAGGACUCACUACAACCACACGCAAUCGAUCUACACGAACAGGCUCAGGACUUCGACUUGCCGCUGUCGUCACCGGUGUCGAGCGAGACGUCCGACCCUCGGAGCCCACUACUCAAGCCGCGAAACCAUCGUCUAUCUUCGAGGGAUGAAGCCGCUCAACUCGAGGACCUCAAAUCGGAGUGGGCAUCAAAAAGAUGGCUUUUCGGGCCUUUCCUUCCGGGCGAAGCUGUGAUCGAUUCAUUGAACCAGCAGUGAGUCCUCUUCGACAUCGUGAGUCGUUGAGCGCCCACCAUCCGACUGAUGCCACUUUGAUCGAUUUCUACUCAGACAAGAUAUAAUCCCGCGCAUCGAUCCUCCGCUAUUCACCCACUCAAAAGAGGCACAGGCAUGGAUCGCGUAUCGCCGCAACUAUUUCGGGCUCAACGUCACGAUCAAGCUGCCCUCGGCCCACGCGUCGCUGUUCGUUCUCGGAGCCCCGGUCCGACGCUUCUUUACCAUGACCAAAGCUCGCAACACCAAGUUUCAUUCGCCGUCCAGACCUCCUGGAAAAGUGCACCGCAAUCCACCACCCAUUCUUGAUUUCGUUUCGAUCCUGCAAUUCGACGGGACCCGCAACCUCGCUCAAGCGACGGAAGUCGAACCGCACGGGUUUCUCCCAUCAAGCAACGACCCUCACGGCCGUGAACUCGUGUCGCCCUAUACUCGAGUACAAUUCCGAAAUGCAACGGCGAACCACAUCACGGGUUCGGUCAACGCGAAUGGGGUUGGGAAAGCUGUGAGGCUGAUGGUAUUACUCCUGGCGGAACUUGAGGAUGGUAGACACGUCGAGGUCGGUCGUUGGGAGAGCGACGAGAUCGUCGUCAGGGGGCGGUGUCCCAAGAAUUUUGUCACGAGCGGAGAGGGUCGCAAAAAUCGCAAAAGGUCGAGAAAGCGUAAUCUGGAACACAAAGACGAGGAACAAGAAAUGAACUCUUCAUCGAUCGACGAGGAGGAACUAGUAGUUCGUCCUCGACGCGGCACCCGAUCUCGACCCUUGUCAGGCCGCAACCUCGAUGCUCAGCUCGAACUUCAAGCUUCGACCAGGACGACCCUUCGUUUUCAAGCGAAUGCCACCCUCCCCAGUAAGCGAACAAAGACGUAG